AUGCUGCUUGGUCCGAUGGCUAUAACUCGAGCGGUGAUUAAUGUCGGUUCAUUUAUGUUACUCUACUUGCAUUAUACAACAAAUAUGGCAAAUAUACCAAAAACAUAUGGUAUUACUGCAUUAGUUGCAAUGAUGCUAUUUAUUGUGGCAUCAAUUUUCGAGUUAGUAGUGGUUUCCUGUAUAGCUAGCAUAGGACGAUCCAGAAGACGAAGUCAUUUUGCUACAGAACCAGUUUAUGAAGAGCUUAAUGAUUUACGCCACAGAACGACUAAAUCAACCUGUGCAUUCUGCAGAUAUACAGCCUUAACGGUGGACGUGUUAAGUCUGUUCUCUUUUGCAUUAAUUUUUGUGCUGUUUGUGUUCAUUUAUUUUGAAGAUUAUGGAAUUUUUGUGAAAUUUUUGAACGGAAACAACGUUUUUAUUGGUAGCAAUUGA